UCUGUCUGUCUUAUCAUUGCGGCAUUCAUGAGUAACACAGAUUGGCCGCUGCCUAGUGUAAGGCAGGUAGUGUAGUGUAUACAAUAUAUACACUAUACAGUGUAGCUCCACCAGCAGGAUAAAUUAGUCAUCUGGCGGUUCUAUAUUUCAUGCUAAAAACCAGCUGGAAUUAAAUUCUUACAUUCACACUUUAAAACAUUAACUAUUUUCCUUAUAAACAAAUGAUUGUUUUUGAUUGUAAACCCUUAAAAAUUAUGUUUUUUAGAUAUAGUGUCGAAAUUUUUUAAGUGAGGUUCGACCGACGACUGUCCAGUGCAGGGCAGUUUGUGAUCUAUAGGGGGUUUAGGGAGGGUGUUCCGCCCCCUUUCUUGGGGUGCAACAUGGCCGGUCAUAAAUCGUCUCAGGGUAGAAGGGAGAUGAGUCGGAAAGAGAGUGAAGUAGAUACGGGACAAGAUGUAGAAAACUUAUGGUCGACGUUAUUGGCCGAAGUGCAGACCAGUCGAAGUGCUCAACUUCCUACAACUAAAAGUUUACUUCUUCUAGGGGAUAAGGAGUCUGGUAAAACGACCCUAAUUGCUAAACUGCAGGGUAAUGAGGACCCUAAGAAGGGUUCAGGUCUUGAAUAUGGAUAUAUUGAUGUUAGAGACGAAUAUAGAGAAGAUCACACUCGUCUUAGUCACUGGAUCCUUGACGGAGAUACUUCACACACAAACCUUCUCACCUUCGCUCUGACUGAAGAGAACUACGCGGAUACCACCGUCCUACUUUGUGUAUCCAUGACAACCCCCUGGAAUAUUAUGGACCAGCUUCAAAACUGGGCCAGCUUGCUACAGGAUCAUAUAGACAAGCUCCCCUUGAGUGGGGAGGAGGUGAAGAAAUAUCAGACAGAGACCUGGCAGCGUUGGCAGGAGUACACAGAACCUGGAGAUGAACAGGAGGUUGCAUCACCUACGAAGCGAGGUCGAGGACUAGGUGAGGUUGAAGGGGAGCCUGAUCUUGAACCUCUACCCGAGGGAACCCUGGCCAGGAACCUCGGCCUGGAGCUCCUGGUGGUCGUCACUAAGACUGACUACAUGAUGGAGCUGGAGAAGGAUUUUGAUUAUAAAGAUGAACACUUCGAUUUUAUUCAACAAGCGAUACGUAAGUUUUGUCUGCAGUACGGAGCAAGUUUAUUUUACACUUCUGUGAAAGAGGACAAGAAUUGUGAUCUACUUUAUAAAUAUUUAGUUCAUAGAAUAUUUAACUUCCCUUUCAAGACCCCAGCAUUGGUUGUAGAGAAAGAUGCUGUAUUUAUUCCAGCUGGCUGGGAUAAUGAUAAGAAAAUAGCAAUCCUUUACGAGAAUAUGCACAGUGUUCGUCCGGACCAAUACUAUACCGACGUGAUUGCCCGGCCAAUGUCCGUGGUCGGACGAAAGCAGCAAAGUUCAAAAGAGCUAGAGGUUGUUGCUGAGGAAGAGCAAAACUUCCUUGGUCGUCAGCAGCACCUGCUUCAGCAGGGUGUACCCCCUGGAGGAGGGGGAUCAGGGGGGGUUAUACCAGCAGGGGUGCAGAAAACACCGGACAGGAAGGUGGUCGGAUCCCCAGGGGUUCAGGGGUCACCAAAAAAGAUGGAGGGUACUCCGGGCAAACCAUUGGGGGCAAACACUAGCGAGGGCGUUCUCGCGAAUUUCUUUAACUCCCUCCUCACGAAGAAGACAGGGGGCGUGUCUCCAGGCCUGGUCCAGUCUCCUGCAACCCUUGGGGGCGGUUCCCCUCAACCUGAGACAGAUUGUAAGUUUUAUUCUUUUUUAGUUUGAUUAACCGCCGAUUUA